UACGCAUAAUAGCCUUUAGCACUAACUUUUAUUUCUUUUUAUAAUGUUAUGCAGUGGUUACAUGGCUCCCGAAUAUGCAAUCGACAGCCUAUUUUCAACAAAAUCAGAUAUUUUUAGCUUUGGAGUCAUAGUUUUGGAGAUAAUGAGUGGCAAAAGGAAUAGAAAGUUUCAUCAUGCAGACCAUGAUCUAAACCUUCUUGGACAUGCAUGGGGACUUUGGAUUGACGGAAAAGCUUCUGAAUUAAUAGAUCCAAUGAUGGAGGGUUCAUUUCCAAUGUCUAAGGUGUUGAGUUGUAUACAGAUUGGUCUUCUAUGCGUCCAGAAAUGCCCUGAAGAUAGGCCAACUAUGUCAUCUGUGGUCUCAAUGUUGGUUUCGGAUACUGUAGCUUUGUCCCAACCCAAGCAACCUGGCUUUUAUAUUGAGCGAAGUUCCAAAGAGACGCAUGAACAUACUACCGCUCAAAGUCCUCCCAGCAUCAAUGAAGUGACAAUGACUGAACUAGAGGCUCGCUAAAAUAUAUGAUUGAUAUAAAUGAGUUCGGCUGUGUUUAGCCAGUAUUGUUUAGACCUACCGUAUCCCGUUAUCACGUACACUAAGCCAAACAUAGAUUUCGACUUCGAUAUGUUAUGUCUUAUCGAAA